AUGUUCGGAAUUCUUGACAUCCUUUCUAGAUGGCGCAUAUUUGGGAAACCUGAACGCAAAAGCCCUUCUGAUGAGCUGAGCCAUCGGUCGGCGUGUUCCACGUACCCCGAGCAGUGCCAGAAAACGGCACCCUUUGUUUUUGACUCGGUUUAUUCACUGCUCAAGCAAUGGCCGAGUAACUAUGCACCAAAUGGGCAUUCGGCCGUCCCUGCGACAGUGGCCCCGAACACAUUGCUCUACCACGCCCAGAUGACUCAUGGAGAACCGAAGAAUCCCGUAUUUUUUGCUUUUGACGCUGAGAUGUCCCUAGGUAUCUACGGAUCCACUGGGACUCCAACGUUGCACGUAAUGACGACGACCAAAGAACUACGUGUCUUAUACUUGGAUGGCCACUCUGCGACCCUCACAAAAACAGGAACCCUCGACUCACAGAUAGCAAUUUUAAAAGGCCACGUUCCCGCAUACCCCAGCGAAGAACUCAUCUACAAUGACCACCAGCGUGCAGUAGAGCUCUGCCAGCUCGCUAACCAGCUCAACAUCGACGGCAUUGUCAGAAUGAAUGCUGGAUUUGAGAUCCUUGUUUGUGACUACCACAAGUCAGGCGUCCGUGAGCUCUUCGUCACCAACAUAACUGUCCCUGGAAAUGAGAGUCGAGAGGAUGAUCCUUCUCUUCCUCGAGAUCCUCACCGCCAGCCCCCGCUCGGAUAUGGGAAUGACUUUGCCGAACAAAAUGGGUGGGAAUGGGUUCGGAGUAGCACUUCGCAUUAUGGAAAUGGGGCCGUCGGAGGGAUACCCGAAAACAGAGUUCGUCUCGAUAUCUGCAGGAUCGUCUCAUGGUAUGAUCCAUCUCUCCAGAGCCUGAACGGGUCCCAUCGCGCGGGCAUUCGCAGCAACGACACCUACGAAAAUGGCUGGGGUCUACGGCGAGGGCACAGGCUCCUCGAAGCUACAGCAAACGAUAUAGCCACAUUUCGAGAGUGGCUUUCCGCAGCUACAUCAGGAGGGAAGAACUCGAAAUGCUCUCAAACUAACUGGCAGGCCCUGAUUGAGACCAUCGUUGACAAGUACCGUAGUCGGGCCCGGGAGAUACUCUCCAAUCUCGAGAAGGAUUCUUCCGAUGCAAAAGCCGUGCACCAGAUCAUCCAUAAUAUCUACACCCUCACACAUGCAGUUCUACAUCCGUAUCUCGAGUAUCCCGUCGUUGGGGGUGUGGCCAAACCUGAAGCCAAAGCGAAGACUCUUGCUCGCUGCUCUGCUUCCUACACAGGGCACAUCCAGCUAGACUCCCUGUCCGAGUUUGAGGUCCUUAUCAAAGAGUCGACACAUAUAGUAGUUAUAAAGCUUUGCCAGUGGGCCUGGGAUCUCUUCGAGUGGACCGACGGCCGAACGCACAACCGCCUCCAGCAAACAGCACAAGCAUCGGGGAGAUCACAGGGAGAUACACGUGCUAUCCAGCAAGAAAUAGCUGGAAUGUUUGGCAGAGCUGUGAGAAUAAGUGUGGACCAGAUGUAG